GGGGGCGCGGCCGCCUCCUCCCCCGCCGCUGGGCUGAGGUGAGCGGGGUUAGCGCGCACAGUGGGCUGGGCUCUGGCACGGAUCCCCCAUGACAAAGAGCCCAGCCGAGGCGCUGCCUGUCUCGGAACCGGGCGGAUGCGGCGGCCGCAGCGCGGGAGGGGCGGCGGGAGGAGUCUUGCCCGGUUGUCCCGCCUCGCCCACGCCGUGUGGAUUUCAUGGUGUAGCCGCCCCGCGCUCGGUGCAGCCGUGCCGGCUGCCCUGCGCUGCGGAGAGCUCCAGCAGCACCAUUUUAUGCUGUCAAGACGCGAUCUAGUGUACGGAGGAAUUGACUGGCAUUUUCUCACCAUCGCUGUGCUUCGUGAAAGUAGCUUCUCUUCUGUUAAAGUGCAGCAGUGCUGUCCAGGAUCCUGCCGUGCCAGUCUGCUAGCGUUAGCUGGCCAAAAAAUCAGCAUGGAUAAAAAUGAGCUGGUGCAAAAGGCCAAACUGGCUGAGCAGGCUGAGAGAUAUGAUGACAUGGCAGGCUGCAUGAAGUCUGUGACUGAGCAAGGAGCUGAGUUGUCCAAUGAGGAGAGGAAUCUUCUCUCUGUUGCUUACAAAAAUGUCGUAGGAGCCCGUAGGUCAUCUUGGAGAGUCGUCUCGAGUAUUGAACAAAAGACGGAAGGUGCUGAGAAAAAACAGCAGAUGGCCCGAGAAUACAGAGAGAAAAUUGAGACAGAGCUAAGAGACAUCUGCAAUGAUGUGCUGUCUCUGUUGGAAAAGUUCUUGAUUCCUAACGCUUCUCAAGCAGAAAGUAAAGUUUUCUAUUUGAAAAUGAAAGGAGACUACUACCGUUACUUGGCUGAAGUUGCUGCUGGGGAUGACAAGAAAGGGAUAGUGGAGCAGUCACAACAGGCGUAUCAAGAAGCUUUUGAAAUCAGUAAAAAGGAAAUGCAACCAACACAUCCAAUCAGAUUAGGUCUGGCUCUAAACUUCUCUGUGUUUUACUAUGAGAUUCUGAAUUCCCCGGAGAAAGCCUGUUCCCUUGCAAAGACUGCUUUUGAUGAAGCCAUUGCUGAACUUGAUACGUUAAGUGAAGAGUCAUACAAAGACAGCACGCUAAUAAUGCAAUUACUGAGAGACAACUUGACAUUGUGGACAUCAGAUACCCAAGGAGAUGAAGCUGAAGCAGGAGAAGGAGGGGAGAAUUAACCAGCCUUCCAACUUUUGUCUGCCUCAUUCUAAAAUUUACACAGUAGACCAUUUGUCACUCAUGCUGUCCCAUAAAUAGGUUUUGUUUACGAUUUAUGACAGGUUUAUGUUACUUCUAUUUGGAUUUCUAUAUUUCCCAUGUGGUUUUAUGUUUAAUAUUAGGGGAAUAGAGCCAGUUAACAUUUGGGGAAUUUAUCUGUUUUCAUCUGAGGUGGCCAAUAUAGGGUUGUGAAAUUUUUAUACAAGUUUUACAUGUUUGGCAUAGUACUUUUGGUAUACUGUGGCUUCCCACAAGGUGGCCAGGGUUAAACAUCUUCCUAUGUUGAGCAAAGAAAACUACUUGCGUGUUGGUCUGUCAUGAUGGAAAAAAGGGAUAAUCAGUUGCAGCCACAGGUGUAGUUAGUGUGAGUACUUCAAAGCUGAAGCAUACCAUGGCUGUGGGGGAACAGAUGUCCCAUGGGUAUUGCAUGUCAAGCAUGUGAAAUCCUAUGGAAUAUACAAUCAAGUGUACAUCUUUGAUUGCAGCUGAAAAGUGUUCCUUAAGACAGUUUUGAUCACCCAGUCAACUUUCUCUAGAGAAAGGCAGAAACGGUUCACAUUCCAUUAUUUGUAAAGUUACCUGCUGUUGCUUUCAUUAUUUUUGCUACACAUUUUAUUUGUAUUUAAAUGGUUUAGGCAACCUAAGAACAAAUGUACAAGUAAAGAUGCAGUAAAAAUGAAAUGCUUGAUAUCCAUAACUACACUGUAUAUUGAGCACAGCAGUAAAACAAAAACCCAUGUAUUUAACUUUUUUAGGUUUUUUUGCUUUUGUGAUUUUUUUGAUACUUGCCUAACAUGCAUGUGCUGUAAAAAUAGUUAACAGGGAAAUAACUUGAGAUGAUGGCUAGCUUUGUUUAAUGUCUUAUGAAAUUUUCAUGAACAAUCCAAGCAUAACUGUUAAGAACAUGUGUAUUAAGUUGAUGUAAGUGGAAUAAAAGUUUUAUGAAUGGA